AUUAUUUUUGGGUUUUCUAUAAUUCGUCAUAAUGGGAAGAGGCGGAAUCCAAGAAGAAGAGAGCCAAAAAAAGCGAAAAACAUGGCGAUGGCCUUUAGCGACUUUGGUUGUUGUGUUUUUGGCAGUUGCUGUGAGCUCUAGGACGAAUUCUAAUGUCGGUUUCUUCUUCAGCGAUCGAAAUUCUUGUAGCUGUUCACUUCAGGGAACAGGUAAAUACAAAGGUAUGGUUGAGGACUGUUGCUGUGAUUAUGAAACAGUGGACAAUCUCAACAGUGAGGUUUUGAAUCCUUUGCUUCAAGAUCUCGCCACAACCCCAUUUUUCCGGUACUAUAAGGUUAAACUGUGGUGUGACUGCCCAUUCUGGCCAGACGAUGGAAUGUGUCGUUUGCGUGAUUGCAGUGUCUGUGAAUGUCCAGAGAAUGAGUUUCCAGAACCAUUUAAAAAGCCAUUUGUCCCAGGUCUUCCUUCUGAUGAUCUGAAGUGUCAAGAGGGAAAACCUCAGGGAGCUGUUGAUCGUACUAUAGAUAACAGAGCAUUCAGAGGUUGGGUCGAAACCAAGAAUCCAUGGACACAUGACGAUGACACAGAUAGCGGUGAGAUGACUUAUGUCAAUCUUCAGUUAAACCCCGAACGAUAUACUGGUUAUACCGGACCUUCGGCUAGAAGGAUUUGGGACUCCAUAUAUUCAGAGAACUGUCCAAAAUAUUCAUCUGGAGAGACAUGCCCAGAGAAAAAGGUUUUGUACAAAUUGAUAUCCGGUCUUCAUUCUUCGAUCUCGAUGCACAUAGCAGCUGAUUAUCUUCUUGAUGAGUCAAGUAACCAGUGGGGACAGAAUAUUGAACUGAUGUAUGAUCGAAUUCUGAGACAUCCGGAUCGUGUCAGAAAUAUGUACUUCACGUAUCUCUUUGUGCUACGUGCUGUAACUAAAGCAACAGCCUAUUUGGAGCAAGCAGAGUAUGACACAGGAAACCAUGCUGAAGAUCUGAAAACACAGUCCUUGAUCAAACAGUUAUUGUAUAGUCCGAAACUCCAAACAGCAUGUCCUGUUCCGUUUGAUGAAGCUAAGUUGUGGCAAGGUCAAAGUGGACCAGAACUAAAACAGCAGAUCCAGAAACAAUUCAGAAAUAUAAGUGCACUGAUGGAUUGCGUAGGUUGUGAAAAAUGCCGGCUUUGGGGGAAGCUUCAGGUUCAGGGUCUUGGUACAGCAUUGAAAAUUCUCUUCUCUGUUGGAAACCAAGGCAUUGGUGACCACCACACACUGCAACUACAACGGAACGAGGUGAUUGCACUGGUAAAUUUGCUCAACCGUCUCUCUGAGUCGGUUAAGAUGGUCCACGAUAUGGGACCUGAUGUGGAGCGGCUAAUGGAGGAUCAGAUAGCCAAAGUAUCAGCUAAACCCGGAAGAUUAAGAAGAAUAUGGGAUUUAGCUGUCUCCUUCUGUAAAAAAAGCAAAUAUGUGACAGAUUCGGAGCACAUAAUAGGGGAAGUAAUCGUGUAUCUCCAAAAGCAUCUUCUGUGUAGAAACUACAGUGUUCUUCUUCCCUCUGUUGUAUUUGCACUUUCUCUCAUGGUUCUUCGCAAUGGCCUCGACACUACAGGUACCGAGUCAGAAGGUGGUUACAAGGUCAUCAAAUCUUUGUGUUCUAGAAUUAGUAGUCCUCCUGAGGCUAUUCCGGUCUGGAGAUGGUCAUAUCAUCAGGAUCUUCCAUCGGAACGCGCCACAGAUCCGAAAAAGAUUGAUGAACUCUAUGCGUGCCAAGAGCUUUUGCUGAUAUUUUCGGAUAUGCUUGGAGAAACGGCAUGGGAAUCUCAACAGGUGUUGUUGCUUGGUGAAAGUUUUGACAUGUCCACUGUAUUUGAAUGGGAACGAGCUAUGGUCGCCGGGAAACGAAAAUCCGACAGAAACCCAACAAAUGUAUCCGACAAACUUGGUCUAAAAGACCCAUUACUGCGCCGUCUCUCUUCCGCCGCCGCCGUCACUCACUCCUUUCUCCAAGCCAACGAUCUCUUCCUCUCACCAUCACAAUCUCUCCGCCUUGAAUCCCUAAUCUCAUCUCUCCCAAUCUCACCAACCCCUUCUCCCUCCUCCGCCGUCACCACCGCCACGUGGUUCAACCGCUUCUUAACCUCCGCCACAGAAGACGACGAUGAUCCUCGCUGGUGUCUUUGUUUCCGAAUGUCGAAAUCCACCUUCUUCAAUCUCUUCUCUAUCCUCUCACCUUCUUCGCUUCCUUCGUUCGCUGCCGCAAUCUUCCGUCUCGCUCACGGUGCUUCCUACGAGUGUCUCGUUCACAGAUUCGGGUUUGAUUCCACUUCCCAAGCUUCACGCUCUUUCUUCACUGUCUGCAAACUCAUCAAUGAGAAAUUAAGUCAACAACUUGAUGAUCCAAAACCCGAUUUUUCGCCUAAUCUGCUCCCGAAUUGCUGCGGUGUCGUCGGAUUCGGGAGGUUUGAGGUUAAAGGAAAGCUUCUUGGUGCAAAAGGUUCAAUUUUGGUUCAAGCAUUGGUUGAUUCCGAUGGCAGAUUCGUUGAUAUCUCAGCUGGUUGGCCAAGUACGAUGAAACCAGAAGCUAUUUUCAGACAGACGAAGCUUUUCUCAAUUGCAGAGGAAGUUCUCAAUGGAGCUCCGACCAAACUUGGGAAUGGAGUAUUGGUUCCUCGUUACAUUUUGGGAGAUUCUUGUCUUCCUUUAUUGCCAUGGCUUGUGACACCUUAUGAUUUGACUUCAAACGAAGAGGAAGAGGAGAGUUCUAGAGAGGAUUUUAACAAUGUGGUUCACACUGGAUUGCAUAGUGUUGAGAUUGCGUUUGCUAAGGUUCGAACUCGGUGGCGGAUUCUUGAUAAGAAAUGGAAACCAGAGACAAUCGAGUUUAUGCCGUUUGUUCUAACUACGGGUUGCUUGUUGCAUAAUUUUCUUGUGGAUUCUGGAGAUGAUGAUGAUUCACUGGAGGAAUGUGUGAAUGGUUGUGCUGCUGGUGAUAAUGGUGAGACGAGGAAAGAUGAAAAAGAUGAUGAUGAGAAGACUCGGAGGUUCGAAGGAGAAGCAUAUAUAGGGUCGAGGAGGAUCAGAGAUGCUAUCGCGGAGAACCUGAGCCGAGUGAGUUUACUAAGAUGAAAUUGAAAGCCUUGUUUGUUUUAGCCUCAUGUUGUAAAUUGUGGGAUUCUGCUGUCUUUUUUUCUUUUGUGUACAUCUGUUUUGAUAUGCAGUUUACGGCUUAGAAGGUGAACUAGAUAAUGUAAUGUUGAUGGUUACUGGUUUCUUGGACCCUAAAAUCAAUCAUAGCUGUCCAAAGAAAAGUAAAGCUUGAUU